CGGGCCGGGGCGGAGCCGCUCCGCACGGGGCGCGCAGAGGCGCGGAGAUCCGCGCAGAUCUGCGCGGCGCCAUGCGGGACUACGACGAGGUGACCGCGUUCCUGGGCGAGUGGGGCCGCUUCCAGCGCCUCGUCUUCUUCCUGCUCAGCGCCAGCAUCAUCCCCAACGGCUUCAAUGGGAUGUCGGCCGUGUUUCUUGCCGGUACCCCCGAGCACCGCUGCGCUGUGCCGCCCGCAGCCAACCUGAGCGAGGAGUGGCGGAACGCCAGCAUCCCGCUGGAGCUGCGCGGCGGACACACGGAGCCGAGCCGCUGCCGGCGCUACCGCCUGGCCGUGCUCGCCAACCUCUCGGCGCUGGGGCUGCGGCCCGGCUCCGACGUGCAGCUGGCGGAGCUGGAGCAGGAGCCGUGCCUGGACGGCUGGGAGUACAGCCGCGACGUGUACCUCUCCACCAUCGUCACCGAGUGGAACCUGGUGUGUGAGGAUGACUGGAAAGUGCCGCUGACCACCUCCCUGUUCUUCGUGGGCGUCCUCAUCGGCUCCUUCAUCUCAGGGCAGCUCUCGGACAGGUUCGGCAGGAAGAGCAUCCUCUUCUUGACCAUGGCAGUGCAGACCGGCUUCAGCUUCCUGCAGAUCUUCUCCACCAGCUGGGAGAUGUUCACAGUGCUCUUCCUCAUAGUGGGCAUGGGGCAGAUCUCUAACUACGUGGUGGCCUUCAUACUGGGAACAGAAAUUCUUGGCAAAUCAGUUCGUAUUAUAUUCUCUACGUUAGGAGUUUGCAUAUUUUUUGCAAUUGGCUACAUGUUGCUGCCCCUGUUUGCUUACUUCAUCAGAGACUGGCGGAUGCUGCUGCUGGCGCUCACCCUCCCGGGGCUGCUCUGCGUUCCGCUCUGGUGGAUCAUUCCUGAGUCCCCUCGGUGGCUGAUCUCCCAGGGAAGAUAUAAAGAGGCAGAAGUUAUUAUCCGAAAGGCUGCAAAAAUAAACAACACCCCAGCCCCAGCCGUGCUUUUUGAUGCCGCCGAGAUGCAGGAUUCGAAGCCUCAGCAGCAGCAGAAGGCUAUCCUUCUGGACCUAUUUCGAACCCGAAACAUUGCAACUAUUACUAUUAUGUCAUUACUUUUGUGGUUUUUCACUUCCGUUGGUUACUUUGGCCUUUCCCUCAACACUCCAAACUUGCACGGCGAUGCCUACAUCAACUGCUUCCUCUCGGCGGUCAUCGAAGUCCCGGCGUACGUCAUCGCCUGGCUGCUCCUACGCUCCCUGCCUCGCCGCUACUCCAUAUCUGGCACCUUGUUUUUAGGUGGAGGUGUUGUCCUCUUCAUUAAGCUGGUCCCUACAGAUCUCAAUGUCCUAUCUGUUUGCCUGGUGAUGCUUGGAAAAUUUGGCAUCACAGCUGCAUUUUCAAUGCUUUAUGUCUACAAUGUGGAGCUGUACCCAACGCUGGUCAGAAACAUGGCAGUUGGAGCUACGUCCACGGCUUCCAGGCUGGGCAGCAUCAUUGCUCCCUACUUUGUUUACCUGGGUGCCUACGACAGAUACCUACCAUAUAUCGUCAUGGGAAGCCUGACUGUGCUGAUAGGGAUCCUCACCCUGUUUCUCCCUGAGAGCUAUGGCAAUGCUCUGCCUGAGAGCUUUGAACAAAUGCUGAAGGUGAAAUGUUUCAGAAAUGGGCAAAAAGCCACUGGCAUUAAGAAUCCAGAGGAGAGUCCUAAAACUCUCAUAACACCGUUGUGAAGAAGGACACACACUCUCAGAGGGGCUGAAAGAACAAGAUCUCAAAAUGCAUUUUCUGCCACAGGAAAAUGAACAAAACCCAACAGCCAAUGCUAUGGCACUGCAGUUAUUGUCCCUUGUGCUACUGUACCUAUGUACCUAUUUUCUGAACAGAUGCUGUUCGCUCCCAUAGGGCUCUUAGUUUGUAAUUCAGUGUUCUGAUUCCUGGAGUGUGUCAGCAGAUCCAGUCCCUGCUGAGAAACAGAGGUCAGUAUGUGCUAAGCAUGAUUUGAGGAGUAAUAAUACAGCAAUGUCUGCACUCAGUUAUGUACUCAGUGAAAGCUGCUAAGAGGAAAAAAAGCAGGUAGGAAAGGUGAUGGUGGUGGUUUUCUCUCACUGUGCAUACUGACUGGGGGAAGAGGAGCUGGAUGUCUCUUUGAACAUCUCACACAUCUCUAAAGGAAAGAUCCCAGCCUCAUCUGAAAUCUGUAACGGAAGCCUGAUACUAAGUGGGAUCCAAGUUUAGUUGUAGCAAAGCACACAGGCUUCACUGAAAGAACGUGUCUUUUAAACAAGGCCUCAGAGUAGCUUUUGAUGUUGCUUGUUUCCCAUGACCCGGGAUCUACUUCUGGUCCACUUGUCCCUAUAUAAGCUGAUGCUUUUUCAUGAAGCCUGAGCCUGCUGAAGUCACUGGGCUUCAUGAGCGUUCGGGUGCAAGGACUGAGCUAGGCCUAUAGCUUGCUGGCCUCCUUCUGAUGGACCAUGCCCACUUUCAGAAGAAAUAGGCUUUAGCAAAUAAGUGAUCCUGUUCAAACGUGCUCUGCAGUUUUAGCUUUUGGGUUUCUCAUAGUAUAUUGACGUAAGCAACUUCUGUAUCUUUUUGUGGUUCUUCUUCAAAGCAUUUCAUUUCCCCUUUGAAUAUAUACUACACUGUGCUGUACCUUCAGAGAAAACUCAUCUCAGUUUUGAAAGCCUCUACAAAAACCUUUGUACCAUUUACAAAUUUAAAGGGGAUUUGAUACUUGCAAAGAUCUGAUGUUCUGUACGGGAGAUUUUUAUGUGCAGAUAUUAAGAACUGAAAAGGGCUAAUUUGGGACCAUACUUCUUUUUACCUUUUUUUUCCAAAGCAAAAAAAGCUGCCAGCAAAGCCAGUAUUCUAUUUUUCCAGUCCUACAGGUUCUGCGUGUGUUUUUUUAAAGUUCAGCAAAGCUAGAUGAGAUGAAAAGUUGAAUGUAGUAGAGCUUAGAUUUGUGCUACUACUGUUUUAUGAACACUGCAUAGUCUGAAAAAAAGUUUAAUGCCUUUUACUUUUCUAUUUAUUGGUUGUGCGUGGACUUCUCGGCCACAUAAAGUCUCUCAGGCUGGGUAGGCUGAUUUUUAUCUUCUAUAAAACCAUUUAGUGGUGAUUCACAUUGUGUCAGGGCCAACAAAAGCACACUGUCUCAUCUCUUAAUGUGAGAGUUCAUGGCAGUGUGUCUUGUGCUGGCAUUUGGCACAGGAGUGAGGAUCUCCCUGUAAGUUCAAGCACAACUAUAAAGGUUUAUAAUGUUUAAAUGCAAGGAACUUGUGCAAUCAUCUCAAGCUGCUCUUUGGGAUUUGGAAAUACUACUUCCUUUUAUAUUAAUUUUCUACAGUCAUGCUUUUUGCCAUAAAUGUAAUGUGCCAUGAGGCCAAUGGCCCUGAUGUUCUCAUCCCUUCUCAAACUGGAAUUUCUUUAAUGACAGCAGUAUUUAAUUCUUUAUUUUACUUACUGCAAAGUUAAUCUGUAGAAUAACUAUUUAGGCAUAACUAUAUUUCUGAACAAAACCUUUCUAUUGGUGUAGGACAGGUUUGAGGACUUGGUUAAAUAUAGGUAGCCUGUAUUUUUAUGAAGAUUUUUAUAUUAAGUUCAUACUUAUUUUAUGUGAUUGUAGGCUUAGGUAUUUUUGAAAGGUAAAUAUUUUUAUAUACUUGAACUUUGUAGUAUCUUAAACCUAGAUUUCAUUUUUUAAAUAAGGAAGAGGAUUGUGGUUUUUUAAAUACCUUGCUUUAAUUGGUCUCAUUUUUCUUGCUUUUACCAUUGAUCUAAAGCUAGUGUCAUAUUUUAGUAUUUUUAAUAGCAGAUUAAAAAAAAUGCAAGAGUGGAAUGCACUGUUGACAGGAGUGUGAUGUUGUUAUAAGGACUUAGUGUGUCUGAGCAUAGUCAGAAUGAGAAAAUGAGAUUGCUUCAGCUGAUGAAGCAUUUGCGAUGAGGAUUUCAGUCCUCUGACUGUAUUUUCUCAGGCUUGAGUAGGGAUUUCUGAAGAAACUCAAAGAGCAACAGUCUGCUGAAGAAUCAGACAGGGAUGAAUCUGGAAGGCAGCAGUGCCAGUUUCUGGCAAGUUACUAAAUUUGUAAUUGUAAGGCUGAAGAAAACAGAAUUGGCUUAGUAGCUGUUGGCAGAAAAUAAAUGUAUUUCCAGUAAGCCACCUAAGACUUUCACUGCAAUCUUCAGUGAGUUUUCUGUGUCAGAUACUCGAUGGGGCUCACUGUGGGACCUGUGUGCUCAUCUCAGCUGGGAGGUGCAUGUACAGCUCUGACCCGAAGAUGGGAGGGAAGCAGAACUGGAUGGCUCCUGCUGAUUGCACUGUGCCUCAACUUUCUCCUCUGCUACGUUUACCCAGGUCUCUCUGUGUAACCUCUUAUCAUCCGUAAGAUCUGACACUGGUUUAUUGGAUAUCUUAAAGCACAUAUAAAAAUGUAGUUGUUGUCACCUGGUAACUUCUGUCUUUAUUGGAAUAAAACAUAUGCUGGCAUUGUGUAACCUACUUUCUGUGUGGAUUGUAGUUAAAGAAUAAAGUCUCUUAAAUUUAA